AUGGGUGGAAGCGCAAGUGUCUCAAGAACAACCAAAGAAGUCUCGUGUGAUGAGGUCAUGAAAGACAACUUGGUUUCUGAUAAUCCUGAAGCAGAAAGCAGGGCUUGCAUUCUUACUCCUACUCUCCCACAGGUACGAGUUAUACAUUAUACAGGAUGCAGACAUGGACAUAAAGUAGUCAGAGCUUCACAGUCUCAUAAACCAGUCAGAGCUUCACAGACAAUGAAACCAGUAAAAGCUUCACAGUCACAUAAACCAGACUGCGCUGGUGAGAUGGCAAUUGAAGUAGCUGAACUUGUGAAUGUGUGUUGGCUGGAGGUAAAUGGAAAGUUUGAUACAACAAAACUCAGCCCGGGGGUGAAAUAUGAGAUUUUAUUCGUAGUAAUGUUGAAAACUUCAGCUUGCGGAUGGGGAACACCAGUGAACCUUAGACUUGUACACUCAUGUGGAAAAACACAACACCACAAAGAAAAUUUACAACUCAAGCCAAAGUCACAGUGGAUAGAACUUCAGGUUGGUGAAUUUCAAACACCCCCACAACCUUCCGACUGCAAACAAGAAAAAGAAAUUCAAUUCUCUCUAUUUGAAUGCGAGAAGGGGAAUUGGAAAGGUGGGCUUGUCAUCUAA